UUUAUAAAUUAUGAACAUGAAAAUGAUAUUGUAAUGAAUAUUAUUAACGGUAUAAGACCAAAAAUUGUGCCAGGAACUCCAUUUGAAUAUAAAAAUUUAAUGAAAGAAUGUUGGGAUGUUGAUCCAUUAAAAAGACCUGACGUUUAUGCACUUGAGAGAAAAAUGAGAAGAAUUAAUUUAGAUUAUCAAAAUAUGUCAGAUGAAUUAUUCAAAUCAGAAAUAGUGGAUAAUUUAGAAAUGAAUAAAGCAGAAGAAAAUUAUACGAGUAGCAGAUUAUUUACAAGUAAAAUCCACAACUUUGGAAAUCUACCUGAACCAAGAAAUGCAACAGAAGUGUUUCAUAGUAAAUUGUAUGAUUUUAACAUUCCUAAAAAUAAUGAUGAAAAAGAAAUAAUUCAACAAAGAACGAAAAGACAAAAUAUUGGUGAUAUUGAUGAUGAAGACGAAGUAUAUAAUAAUCCAAAUCUUCAUUCAGAAGAACAAGAUGAACUGGAAAUUCCUGAUGAUGGAUUUUAAAUCAUUUAACAAUUUUUUGUUAUAUUUUAAAUUAUUAUCAAUUAUUUAUUUAUCUAUU